AUGGAUAAAAGCAAGUAUACUUCAGUCUUAGUUGAGAGGCACUUCUCGUCCGGUAACACUGCAGUUCCUGUAAUUUGGGCAAUUAGCUUGUAAUCACAAUCAAGAAUGUCACGUACAUCUAUCUUUUGGCUAGCAUGCACUGAGUAUAGACAAGUCCCUUAUCUUCCUUCAGGUGAACAACACUAGGUUUAACAUACAUAACGCCACAAAGUUCACUACACUCAUUACCUUUCACGGACAUUACUCUUUUCCGCGACCGGAAUAAUCCAGGUAAGCCCUUCUGUACUGCCCUUUUAAGUUUUCCUUCAGCAUAAUUAGGCUACGAACGGUACGUGCACAAUAACAUCUGUGUUCUUUCCUGCAAUGAUCCUCUACUUUUCAUAUGCGGGUAGAAUUAAACAGAGGAUCCUUUGUUGUAGAAAAUUUAUAAUCAUGUUUGGUUCGAGCGACCUGUUCAUCGAACCAUUGCUUGCACUUGCUGAGUGUCGGCUCCUUAAGUUUAGCUUCAGGGCAUGGCAGAAAUACUGCAUCCUUUCUUUACUAAGUUUAGACAGAUUCUCCGAGGUAAUAUUGAUCAAUAUUUCUUCGAAAAAGAAUGCUUUCGUUCGAGUUUUUACUCCGACUAUCCGCCAUUUUUAAACUGGACUUUUUAAAAAGUCCGGAAAAUCCGGUAGUGCCAGGCCCCCGGGCAGUAUGAAAUUAGGCAAUUGCAAUUUUCCUUUUGACAAGGCAUAAAAAUAAGAUACUUAGUUUUUGUCAAAUUUAAGGUCAACGUAUUACUGCAUAACCAUUCGCAGACAGCUGGCAAAUUAUUGUUAAUUUCACACAAUAAACUGUCAUGAGCCCUUCCAGAAGCUGUUAAAGAUGUAUCGUCUGCCUAAAAUCUAGUUGUAAAAAUAAGUAGAAGACUUGGAAAAGUCAUUAAUGAAAAUAAUGAAUAGCAAAGGUUCUACUAUCGAUCCUUGAGGUACGUCAGCGGAGAUUGAACAUGAUUCAGAAGUGACACCAUUUAUGUGCACCUGCUGCUUCCAGUUAAUUAAGUAAGAUUGAAACCAAUUAUUUUCGCUUUAUUGUAAUCCGUAAUACUUAAGUUUAUUUACUAACAUUUGAUGAUUUACUGUAUCAAAAGCUUUACCUAAAUCAAAGAAUAGAGAAACCACACAGUGUGCUUGAUCCAGAGAGGAGGUUAUUUGUUCAAUAAGACCAGUCAGAGGUUGUAUAACCUGAUCUACAUCCAUAUUGUUUUGAGGAAAUGUUUUCAUUCGCAAGAUAAAAGAUUAGCUGAUUAAAAAAAUACAUUUCUAAAAUAUUUUACUUAAAGAGAACUGGGAAAGGUCGAGAACCUUGUUUGAAAAUUAGAACAACUAUAGCAAGUUUCAUACUAUCAGGAAAAAUACUUUGGUUGAUAGGAAGAUUUAACAAAAGUGGAUGAACCUUGUCAAUCCCAGUUGACGUCUUUGUAUGCAGACUUUCUAGUAAUAAGAAUACCUCUAUUUCAGAGACUUGUAAGAAGCGAAAUUUUUUUGCUUCUGGGAAAGAUAACACCCAAAAGAGAAGAUAACCGGUGACGACACUGUCUGGUACGAGAACAAGCCGCUUGGCGUUAACAAGCUUGGCGAAUUGAUGAAAAUUAUCUCCGUCAGAGCAAAGCUCUCUGACAUUUACACUAACCAUUCAGCCAGGGUAUCUGCGUUAACCUAGCUUUCGGAUGCAAAUGUUCCAGACCGUCACAUCAUGUUUGUUUCUGGUCAAAGUAGUGAGCAAAGCUUCGCUCAAUACAGUUCUCGACCUUCAGUUCUUCAGCUGGAAAUUGUCUCUGAUACGAUUUCUAAUGCUCUGGAGAAUCAAUAG